GAAAUAUUCCUACAUACCUACACCCUCCACCUACUAAUUAGUACUUGCGUUCAGGUAACAUAUAGCCGUGUUGGUACCCGACGCCGGUUAACUCCAACUCCCAAGCGACAUCCUUCCGACGCUCGUCUGGGCGUUUCCCUAAAAAAGGUCGGGGAGAUGCCGUAUCGAUGCCCGACUAAGCCACUCAGUCCGUGAACCCCGCGAAACGACCCCGCGCUUCCCAGGACGGCUUUCCCGAUUAGACGGUACAUAAUUCCUAGGCAAGACUAAGUAUAUAUGGGCAGGCAGGAGCUGGAGGUCCGCAUGUCAGGUCGAAACCCAUCAUACUGACAUAAUACUAGCCCUUUCCGGUGAAAAGAGGAUCGCAUGUCUUGUGCGUCCCCUUGCUUCUGUAUCUCCAAGUACAUAUAUGGCACCAAGCCCAUUGAAACUACUUCGUUCCUUAAUAAGAAUUCUACAUACCUUAUUUGUUCUAAUCUUGCAAAAAGUGAUACCUCCGCAAAGACCCGGACCCGGCUCUAGACCCGAGAUGUCUACGAAGCAUUUCAUCAAUGAUCCCACCCUCCUGGUGAACUCGGCUCUUCGGAGCCUCACGCUGACUAACCCUUCCGUGGCCCUGGACGCCGACAAUAAAAUCAUCUACAAAAGACCCAGCCAUGGACCCUCGCAGGUUUCAAUUAUUAGCGGUGGUGGCAGCGGACAUGAACCGAGCUUCGGUGCCUUUGUUGGUUCCGGCCUGCUCUCCGCUGCGGUGGCCGGCACUAUCUUCGCAUCGCCCAGCGCGGAGCAGAUUCGCAAGGCGAUAACUUCGAGGGUGGACACCGACAAGGGUGUCUUAGUAACAGUCAUGAACUACACUGGCGACGUUCUUAACUUCGGCAUGGCGGUGGAGAAGGCCAAGGCCGCUGAUUUAAAAGUUGAAAUGGUCGUUGUCGGCGAUGACGUCGGCGUCGGGAGGGAAAAAGGGGGGAAGGUGGGCAGGAGAGGAAUUGCCGGGACAGUGCUGGUGCACAAAAUUUCUGGUGCUCUUGCAGCCCAGGGACGCAGUUUAGAGGAGGUCUACAAGGUAGCCAAACUAACGGCCGCCAAUAUCGUAAGCGUCGGGGCGAGCCUUGAACACGUUCACGUGCCCGGAAGAGCAGCGGAUCCGAAGACAGGCGAGAGCCUCAAAGCCGAUGAGGUAGAGGUCGGGAUGGGUAUCCAUAACGAGGCCGGGUCUGGACGGGCAAAGGUUAAGCUCCCGGAGCUUGUGAGCACGAUGCUCUCCCAGCUAUUAGACCAGAACGACAAGGAUAGGGCGUUCCUCAAUGUCAAUUCUAAUGAGGUGGUCCUGCUUGUCAACAACCUUGGAGGUGUCAGCGCACUCGAAUUGGGUGGUAUCACUACGGAGGUCGUGAACCAGCUAGACUCUUGGGGUAUCCAGCCGGUGAGGAUUCUGAGUGGAACUUACAUGACGAGUCUAAACGGACUAGGGUUCAGCAUCUCGUUACUCAAUGUGGUUAACACUGAGAUCGGUGGACCGAGUAUGAUCGAACUACUAGAUUACCCUUGCGAAGCUACUGGCUGGUCAGCCCCGAUACAUAAGACCACUUGGGAAGCAAAGAACACCGCUACUAGAGAAGAAACAACUGGAUCUGAUCAAACCGUUAAACCCAGUGGCCUGAAGGGUGAUGCGAGUGCAUUUAACAGUACUUUGGCCUCGGGCUUGCAAGCCGUCAUCGCGGCCGAGCCAGAUGUGACGAAGUACGAUACCGUAGUUGGAGAUGGCGAUUGCGGAAUUGGCUUAAAACGCGGUGCUGAAGCUGUCCUUAAGCAUCUACAAAAGACGGCUGCAACCGGAGAUGUCGUUGUCGACGUUGCUCAUAUCGUCACCGUAGUCGAAAAGGAGAUGGACGGCACUUCGGGAGCGUUGUUCGCCAUCUUCCUCAACGCUCUCGUACAUGCACUCCGAGUUCUUGCGCCAGGUGACGCUACACCGAAAGUUUGGGCCGGCGCUCUUAAGCAGAGCUGUGAAGCGCUAUCAAGAUACACACCAGCUAGACCUGGUGAUCGCACAUUGGUGGAUGCCCUAUAUCCGUUCGUCGAUGUCCUUGGGAAGACAGGUGAUCUGAAGAAAGCCGCUGAAGCAUCUAAGAAAGGCGCCGAAGAUACCAAGGGUAUGACUCCUAGCUUAGGCCGGGCGGUAUAUGUUGGCGGCACUGGCUUCGAGCAGGUGCCAGACCCUGGUGCUUGGGGACUGGCGAGUUUCUUCCUUGGACUUGCUGGAAUAAAAGCUGAAGAUGAAGGUUGGGAAACUAUAUAAUUAGGCCAUCACCUACGAGAGCUAUGAUGAGAUAAUGAAACGGUGUGGAUGUUCAGAACAUGUAUUCAGAUUUUAAUAGCAUUUGCCUUAAUUCAUCCCUUGACCACGAU